AGCUGGUAAGCACUACAAAUAGUGUAAGCUCUGAAAGUCAACCAUUUCUCCCCAUACCAGUAAAUUAUUCAAUAGAUAUCACCUCAAACACACUUCAUAAAUAUCAAUAUGUCUCAAUCAAACGUCGGAUAUCCUUCUUUGUAUGAAGGCGGAGAUCAGCGCCACUAUAGCAAGGAGGAAGUGCGUGAGGAGAAUCGCACGCACCCCAACGUCAAUACCGAGGGCUACCUACAUAAAGAGGGAAUAAUGAAUGAGCUCCGCGAGGCCGACACCAACAGGAUAGUUGCAGACCGCAUGAAGCAUGAACCAGGAUUCGUGGCCACCAUGCACGGCAACAAGCCCUCUCGCGGUGCCGAAAUCGACGCUGAGCUCGCACGGGAAGAUGCAGAGCGGGUUGAAAAGAAGAAGGGUAAGACUGACCGCAUGCCUGGAAAGAAAAUGGAACACAACACCAGCAAGAGCGAGUGGAAGCAGCAGAUGGAUCGGGAAGAGCAGGAGGCUCUCGCUAAGCAUAGCAAUCGUUGAACGAACAAGCAUGAAAAUCUGGGUAUGGAGUGUUACUCGUAAGACAAAUAAGUCAAAAGUACAGCUCGGUAAAUCUCAAAGGGUCGAAAAAAAGUGCACUUCAUCCAGUGAAAUGAUGAGAUGAACAAUCAACUGCCAACAUAAACGACCCAAAGAGAUCAAACCCAGGCGCUUUAUAUGGACAGUACGACGCCGCGUAUCAUUCAGCUCACCGUGCAAACGGUGACUGCUAAAGCUUGGGUUUCGGGACAGGCGACUUGUGGUUGAAGUCAAAUGUAAUGAAGCUGGACGAUAUGGGCAGGAAGCUUCCCUCUCAACAGUGGCACCCCAGUCAGAAAGAGCAUCACUGUUCUCAUAUUUCAAGUUCCAGAUAUUUCGAUUUUAAGUUUUAUUCGGCCGUGAAGGUAUUAGGUUCAUACAGUCGUAAUCAAACAAUUAAAAGUACACGAGUUUAUUACUCGCCAUGAUCGCCAU